GAUCAUGUAUGAUGUAAAAUGUCCCAUGUACAGUUCUACCGUUGGUAUCAUCCUGUUCAGUUUGCAGUUUCAGAAUAUUUUAGCAAUUCAUUUGAAGAACUUUGCCUUAGAGCCGUGCAACAACAUCAUCAACAAAAUAGGUAUAGAAAACAUUGCGUUGUCUAGUAAUGGAUCUGCUUGGACGGUCAGUGCGAAACUUUCUGUCGGUUCUACACUAGACGCUCCAAUCAUGGCACAAAUCAAAAUGGAAAGGAGAAUAUUUUACCGAUGGGUCAAGAUACCAUGUGUCGGCAACUUUGGAAGUUGCCAAUAUACUGAUAUUUGUGAUCUCGCUGAUAAAUACGAAAACUGCAAAGAUAAGCCGGGCGAAAAAGUAAUUCCUUGCAAGUGCCCGAUAAGCCAGGGAGACUAUGAAAUAAACAUGGAUUUGGAGCACAGUGUCAUGUCGAGACUGGAGCCUGCACUCAAAGGAAACUAUCGAGCUUUACUGAAAAUGAUGAAGAAUGACGAGACGAUUGUCUGCUAUAAUAUAAAAUUCAAACUAAGUAGUUGAGUUGUAAAUCGAUUGCCAAUCAAAUAAUAUGUUCUGUAGAUUAAAAAUGAUUCACAAGUAUUAUGCCAAAA